AUGCGGACUCUCAAUGUAGCUAUCCUUGGCUUCCUGCACCUUGGCGUGGCCUUGGGCAACAAGCUAUGGACGACGAAUCUUCGACAAAAGGCGUUCGCCACCGCCGGGCUGCCGUUGGGCAACCUCACAGUCAAGCUGAAGGCGGAAUCUUUCGUCAACUCCAGCACCGACAUCGGUGAGAUCGGCGGCAUCAGACUGAUGACAGCAAGUGGGCACUGCAUUAGCUGCACGACUCCCUUGCAAUGCUCGACCUUGGAUGAGCCAAUGCAGGGGAUGAGCAUUGUCAAAGCCUGCAAUCCGCAACCGAAGCCGGGCGACAUGUUCAGCUGGAAGGUCGAUGGGAAGUCAGCCUAUGACAUCCGGGUGGACUUUCCUCUGGACAAGCUCAAUAACCAGCUGGAUUUUGUCAUUGAGAUUCUCUCGGCCUUGGAUCUCUCAGGAACCAACACGGGUGAGAAGAAGGGCCGGCAGGUGACGAGCUGGAUCUCCACAGUCAUCAUCGGAACAGAGGAUCACUCGGCCUGGAUGAAGGUCGCGGUGAACAUGAACGGCGACUUCAAGAAAACCGUUGUCGGACGACAGGCUGCUGAGUUCCCAGGCUCGGCGAAGGACAUCUACGCUGGGGAAUGUGCGAGGCCAAAGGACAUCAGCGGCUACCAUGUAACAGAGCUAAGCAUGGCGCGGACGCAGCUCAACGUGUUGGCUGCCUGCGCCUCCAAGUACAUAGGUGUCGCAAAAGUGACAACAUGCAAGGCCCAUGGAGAGGCGUACGUGCUGUCUGGCUGCGAUCCGGAGAAGUGCGUUGCUCCUGCCACCCUCACCGGCUAUGUAGUGAAAUCCGUUGACGUGCAGCGGCCUUUCUUUACCGCUGACGUUGUGUGCGACAAUGAGAACGGUUACUACGGCACGGCCACUGCGGAUGUUUGUUCUUCUAAUGGUCAAGAGUACACGCUGUGGGGCUGCGACACAACGACCUCAACCAGCACCACCACCACCACCUCAACGACGACGACAACCACCACUACAACGACCACGACAACGACGACCACAUCCACGACAACCACAACCACGACUACGACCACAACUACAACCACCUCAACAACCACCACGACCACUACCUCCACAACCACGACGACAACCACCACAUCUACGACGACCACAACCUCGACCACCACAACGACGACAUCGACAUCAACAACCACAACCACUACGUCCACGACAACUACCACCACGACCACCUCAACCACCACCACAACCACCACGACCACUAGCACCACAACUACCACAACCACCACUUCCACGACCACCACAACCACAACCACGUCCACCAGCACCUCAACCACGACGACAACCACUACAACCACAACCACUACAACCACCAGCACCACCACAAGCACCAGCACCACGACUACCACCAGUACCACCACCACUACUACAACCACCACUACGACCACCACAACCUCAACUACAACAACAACCUCGACCACCACAACGACGAGCACUACAACAACCACCAGCACAACCACUUCCACCACGACCACUACUUCCACAACGACAACGACAACCACCACAUCCACGACCACCACCACCACCACCUCGACGACUACAACCACAUCCACCACCACCACGACCACUACAACAUCCACGACUACUACCACAACCACCACCUCAACUAGCACUACCACCACCACUACCACCACAAGCACUACCACAACGACUACCACAACAAGCACAACAACUACCACCAGCACCACGACAACCACGACGACAACCACAACAAGCACAACCACAACUACUUCCACCACAACGAUUACCACCACAACUACUACAACCACUACCACAUCAACAUCCACGACAACGACCACGACCACAAGCACCACCACGACAACUACAACCACAAGCACCACAACCACAACCACCAGCACUACCACAACCACCACCACAACCACCACAUCCACAACCACCACUACCACAAGUACGACGACCACAACUACGUCGACAACGACCACCACGACCACUUCAACGACUACCACGACCACGACUAUUCAUGGCUUCUGCAUGGCCCCAAAGAAUGCCGUGGGAUACAUCAUCGAAGAAAACAAUCUGUGGUGGUCCGGCUUCGACGUUGUGGUGAGAUGCGACACGCCCACCUACAUCGGACACGCAAAGGUGGAAGUCUGCACGGAGGCGGAGAAGCCCUAUGUGGUCCACGGCUGCGCCAAGUACAUCAACUGCAAGACCCCAGCCAGCACACAAGGCUACGUGAUCACGGAGACUGGUACAGAGCUGCACAAAUGGGAUGUGAAGGCGCAGUGCGCAGCGCUGUACCACGGCACGGCGGUAGUCAAGGAGUGUGACGACGACGGCCUGCCCUACGGCAUUUCAGGCUGCGAGCCAGACACAUGCAUUGAGCCCACCGACACGACGGGAUACGAUCUGAAAGUGAAAGAUUUGGAGAUGUGGAAGUUUAGCGUUACCAUUGCAUGUGCGUCGGGUUACAUUGGCGAUGCUAAAGUGGAGAAGUGUGAUGGGCACGGACUGCCUUACAAGAUUGAUGGUUGUCUGCCGACGACCACCACCACGAGCACCACCACCACAACGACUACCACGACGAUCGACGAGCCUUGCAUGGCCCCGAAGAACGCCAUCGGCUACAAGAUCACGGAGAACAGCGUGCAUUGGACAUCCUUCGAUGUGACUGCAACUUGUGCCGAUCGGUUUUAUGGGCACGCCCAUGUGAAGAUCUGCACCAAGCCGGACAUGGUCUACUACCUGUCAGGCUGCACCAGAGUGGUCACCUGCAAGACCCCUCAAGACACGCUUGGCUACCACGUCAAGGAGGCCAACCUGGACACGCACCAGUGGGACGUUACGGCUUCAUGUGCCCAGAAGUUUCAUGGCACGGCGAAGGUGACCCAGUGCGACGAGGACACCUAUCCUUACGCCCUUGCUGGUUGCCAGCCGGACACAUGCACCGGUCCAUCGGAUACCACCGGCUACACCUACACCGCAAACUCCCUUGCUAUGCACAACUUCGACGUUUCCGUGGAGUGUGCAUCGGGCUAUGAGGGCAAUCCCGCUGCCACGGUUUGCGAUGGGCAUGGUAAAUCCUUUACCAUUGAUGGAUGCCAAACCACAACCACUACUUCCACUACCACGACGACCACCACCACGACCACCACCACCUCCACUUCAACUACGACGACGACAACCACAACAACCACCAGCACUACCACCACAACUACCACUAGCACCACCACAACCACCACGACCACUACUACCACAACAUCGACCACCACAACAACGACAACCACAACAACCACCACCACAACAACUACCAGCACAACAACCACAACCACAACGACGUCGACCACCACAACCACGACUACCACAUCCACAACUACAACGACAACAACCACAAGCACUACCACAAUCACCACUACCAGCACAACCACAAUCACAACCACCACCACCACCACGACCUCCACCACAACCACAACGACCAGCACAACCACAUCAACUACAACAACUACCACGACCUCCACCACGACAACUGUCACGAUUCCAAAGCUGGUGUGUUCCGCGCCACUGGACACCACAGGCUACCUGAUCUCCGAGCACAACCUGCUACAGGAAAGCUUCAAAGUCACAGCCGAUUGUUCCGAUGAGUACAUUGGCACCGCCAGCGUGGUCGCGUGCACGGAGGAGGACAACGUCUACAAGGUGAAGGGCUGUGAGAAGAAGGUCUUCUGCUUUGCGCCGACAGCACUAGGCUACCACGUCGACGAGAAGAGCCUUGUUAUGCAAGCCUUCGACGUGACGGCGACUUGCGCGGCCGGCUUCCAUGGCUCAGCCAAGGUCCAAGCGUGUUCCAAAACCGACAGCGAGUACAGCAUCAGCGGUUGCAAGGAAAACUUCUGCACGUCGCCAAGUACGGUAGGCUAUGCUGUCUCCGAGGUUGAGCUGCGUCAGCAUGCCUUCCAGGUCACAGCAGCUUGCGACAAUGGCUAUGAAGGUACCGCCGUGGCCAAGGCUUGCAGUGUCCACAAGGGCAGCUACGUGCUCUCGGGUUGCACAAGGAGAGAAAUCUUCUGCGUUGCCCCCACCGUCACCGACGGCUAUGAGGUGACCGAAACGGAUCUUCGAGUGGACGAGUUCGAAGUGAAGGCCAGCUGUGCUGCAGGAUACACAGGCACUGCAAAGGUCAUAAAGUGCUCGGGUUCGACACAGAAGGUUGCAACGUCCUACUCUUUGGAGGGCUGCACCAGCACGAGUGAAAGAGCGCCCAGCUCGAACGUCUUCUGCGUUGCCCCUUCAGUCACCGAUGGCUACGACAUAUCAGAGACGGAUCUCCGCGAGAGCAUGUUCCAAGUAACGGCCAGGUGUGCUACAGGAUACUCAGGCACUGCGAAGGUCGCGAAGUGCACAGGCGCAACAACAAAGGAGGCGAAGCCCUACACUCUCAGUGGAUGCACAAAACGCUGA